GCUAUUACAAGUGAGCACACGGAACGGAAACCCGCCACCGCCGCUUCGCCAGCGAUGAUCCUCCGGCGGAUACAUCUACAUGCCUGCGCCUCCCGCCGAUCCCUCGCGCCCGCCGCCCUCUGCGGAACCUCACCGCGCGCCUUGCCUUCUGCUGGGGCUGGCCUCCUCCGUCGCCUCCACGGCGCGGCGGGAGACGGUCCUUCGGAUUCCGAGCACGGCCGCAAGCCAGGUCCGCUUACGCUCUACAGGAAUCUAGUAAGCCAAGGGAAACUCACUUAUGACAGCUACCAGGAAAAUGUAGCUUCUGACUUAGACAACUUACUCACAAGACUCCAACAAUAUGGGAUGGAAAUGGAGGAUUACCAUGCGCAGCUGUACAUAUGGGAGAAUAGCAGGGAGAAAGAGAGGCGAAGGCUUCUUGUUGAAGAAGCUGAAGAUAAGCAGAGUGAUGGUGUAUGGAUAGAUGAGAAAAGGGGAUUUCUUGACAAGUUGGUUACACGGAGAAGAAGAGGAAGCAUAGAACCUGGAGUUGGGAAGUGGGUCUCAUACCUGAACCGAGAGAAGAAAUUAGAUAAACUGGUUGGCCAGAGACCAGUUGCUCCUGUUGCUCCUAAAGGAUUGUAUCUCUAUGGAAAUGUUGGAAGUGGGAAGACAAUGUUGAUGGACAUGUUCUAUGGGGCCACUGAAGGUGUUAUCAAACACAGGAGGAGGUUUCACUUCCAUGAGACUAUUGAUGUAUUCGCAGUUGUGGCCCUGUCUGGCAUUCUAAGCAGAUUGUUAAGCACAGGGACUGUGCUGGUAGCAACUAGUAAUAAAGCACCCGAAGAUCUGAAUCAGGAUGGGAUGCAAAGGGACAUCUUCCUUGAGUUAUUAUCUAAAUUAGAUGAAAAUUGCAAUAAGAUUCUUGUGGGAACUGAAAAGGAUUAUCGUCGCCUAAUUCCAACAGAAGGCUCAACUCAGGUUCACUAUUUUUGGCCUGUUACUUCUGAUACUUGCAGCAUGUACGAGGCUAUGUGGCAUGGCAUAACUAACCAAGUAGGAGGAGACAUUAUUUUUAUCACCAUUCCGGUAAUGUUUGGGAGAUCUAUUGAGAUUCCUCAAAGCUGUAAUGGUGUGGCAAGAUUUGACUUCGAGUACCUAUGUGGUCGCCCAGUCGGGGCUGCAGAUUAUAUAGCAAUAGCCAGGAACUACCAUACUAUUUUCAUAUCAGAAAUUCCAGCUAUGAGUAUGAAGAUCCGUGACAAGGCAAGAAGGUUUAUCACCCUUAUUGAUGAGCUGUACAAUCAUCACUGCCGUCUUGUAUGUCUAGCUUCCUCGUCCAUUGAUGAUCUUUUCCAAGGAACUGAGGAAGGACCCCUUUUUGAUUUAGAAAGUUUUCAAUUUGAAACUGAGGCCGAGGGGACAAAGCUAAGGAGGGAUGUUUUAGCAGAAGGCAAUGUUGGCUUGAGGCCUUCUACUAGUGGGCUUGUGGCAAUAUUGUCUGGUCAAGAAGAGAUGUUUGCGUUCCGCAGGGCGAUAUCUCGGCUUAUCGAGAUGCAGACCCCACUGUAUCUGGAGCAUGUGCAGCAUGCCCAUCCCUCCUUCCAACUGCAGGGUCCGGCUGUAGCAAGCAACAAUAGGACUUGUGUUUCUCAGUGUGCUCCAUCGGUCUGACAAGAGGCAGCUCUGCUUUCUGGAUGUACCAUAGUUAAGUUUGUUUGCCGGAACGCCGACAAUUAAUAAGGGCAAAUCUGAAACGAUAGCAAUGCUGAUACCCAGCGCCCAUGUAAAUGAUAAGAGUAAUCACAGCCCGUGGCAUAAAACAUGUAUAUGGGGCACAGCCCUUUCGUUGAUUGCUUAGAAGAAGAAAUGCAGCAGCUCUCUCUUAUUGACAACA